AAAUGAUGUAGCUUCAUUUCAUAGCCAAGUAUGAAGUAGCAAUACUGAAGUAUGAGAUAAGAGCACAGCAAAAAACAAAACAGAAAGCAGGGGAGUGGAGAAUAUCAAUAUGAAGAUCAUGGCUGCUUCUGCUUGUGCAUAUACACACACUUUAUCAUCCUCCACUCUUAUCUCAUCUUCUUCAUACAUUCAUACUCAACAUUUCCACUCUCUCCCCCCAAAAACCAAUCUUUUGACCUCUCAUAAACUCCCACUACUCAUCACUUUAAAAGCCAGUAAUACCCAAAAAAGAUUCAAACUUUACAGUACUUCUGACCCAGAAAUGAAACCCAGUUCACUUGAGACCCAAGAAACUGGAUUAGAUGAGCUUUCAGGUGAUCUUUUAGAGAAAUUAGAUGAUCAAGAAAGGGGCUUGGGGGAGGUGAUAUGGGAAUGGACAGUGUUGGUGUCACCUUUUUUCUUUUGGGGCACUGCUAUGGUUGCUAUGAAGGAAGUUUUGCCGAAAGCAGGCCCUUUUUUCGUGUCAUCGUUUCGAUUAGUUCCUGCUGGUUUGCUUCUUGUGGCGUUUGCUGCUUAUAGAGAAAGGAAAUUUCCAUCUGGGUUCAAUGCUUGGUUGUCUAUUUGUGUUUUUGCUCUCGUUGAUGCUACUUGUUUUCAGGGUUUUCUUGCACAAGGAUUGCAGAGGACAUCAGCUGGAUUGGGCAGUGUCAUAAUUGAUUCACAACCUCUAACUGUAGCGGUACUUGCAGCCUUGUUAUUUGGUGAAUCUAUUGGGUUUGUUGGAGCUGCCGGGCUUGUGCUGGGUGUCAUAGGUCUUUUACUUCUGGAGCUUCCUGCUAUCGCUGCUGAUGAAAGUAAUUUUUCACUGUGGGGUAGUGGGGAAUGGUGGAUGCUUCUGGCAGCACAAAGCAUGGCUGUCGGCACCGUCAUGGUCCGCUGGGUUUCCAAAUACUCUGAUCCUAUCAUGGCAACUGGAUGGCAUAUGAUUAUUGGUGGCAUACCUCUUGCGGGAAUUGCUAUAAUUAAUCAUGAACCUGCCAUUAGCGGGGGACUCGUGGAGCUUACAUCAAAUGAUCUGUUGGCUCUUCUUUAUACCUCAAUAUUUGGAAGUGCCAUCAGCUAUGGUGUAUACUUUUACAAUGCAACCAGAGGUAGCCUGACAAAGCUGAGCUCUCUUACUUUCUUGACUCCAUUGUUUGCUUCAUUUUUUGGUUUCCUCUAUCUUGGCGAGACCUUCUCACCUAUGCAGCUUACCGGAGCUCUUGUUACCAUAGUCGCAAUAUACAUGGUCAAUUAUAAGAGUAUUGUGGAAUGAGGCAACGCGGAAGAGUAUACAUUGUCAAUGAGGAGAAUGCCUUGCCUUAAAGCAAGGCCUCAAUAUUGCUGUGUCUGACAUGUAUCUAGGGAACCCAACAGAUGUGAGAUGCUCACAUCUCCUUGUUGAAGGCUGCAUAUAUUGUGCAUAGAGUUCCAACUGACAGACUGAAGAAAGAGGCUGAAGCUGUGGAACAGAACAAUCAACCUUACACUGGCUUUUAUGGGAAUCGAUUUAGCCAGAGAGAGGUGCGUAUAUAUGUGUCUGUGCAUCAAGGAAAGAAUUAAAAAAAAUAACAUAUAUUUACGAAAAAAGUAUCAAGCACUGGUGUUAAAUUUGUAACGAUAAUACAAAAUCUCAUUGCUGCUGCAAA